AUGACAGGUGACUGUAUUGAGGAACUGAUAUCACCAUGUGACUGCAUGGGUUCGAUGAGUGUCGUCCACAUCUGCUGCCUGGAGAAAUGGCUCUCCACUUCCAACCUGGACCGCUGUGAGGUCUGCAAGUUCCAGUUCAAAAUCAAACGUACACCUCGACCCAUCAUUCAGUGGCUGUUCAGCAGACAGAGUCGUGAUGGACCACACGGGUUCUGUGGUGAUGCUCUCUGUCUAAUCCUGCUCACUCCCAUUUGCCUAACCUCCGUGUACCUAUGUGGCAUGGGCUCCCUGGCUUACUUGCAGCGAGGGGCAUGGGAAGGUGUUGGUCUUGCAUUCCUCAGCCUCAUAGUUCUCUUCACCUUCUUCCUCUGGGGUUUUACUACCGUCAGAUUCCAGUGGCAGAGCAUGAACCGGUGGCGCAUGAGCAACCAGACGGUACACCUGGUGGACCAUGCUAAGGCGCGGCGGCGGCGUCAGCUCGGCACAACACAAUGUAAUGCCCAUCGUACCCCUGCUCUGCCUUCCCACAUAUAGCCUCAGUCUCUAAGGAACAAUGCUCAAUCUACCAUGGUGCAUGGCAGUGUCUUGUAGUACCCUCUAUAGACAAACCAGUCAUUCGGUUGUAAAAAUGUAUAAGAUAUUUGUUGAUCUGUCAGGAGUUAUAGUAGUUAUAGAUAUCUGUGUCCCAGAACCAUAGUAUCAUCUAACUGUAUUUUUGUGCUCUUAUUAAAAUAACUUAAUUAUCUCUGUAGGUUUUCAUGUAAUUUCAGUUAGAUAGUGGUGAAUACGUUUUUAGCUUUCAUUUCUUGACUGAUAAAAGCUAAAAGCAUAACAGCUCUUGUUUAUAACGGUAAAAUGUUUUAUAAUUAUGAGAUUUUAAGUGUUUAACUUUCUUUAAGAUUGUUCCAGAUUGAGCCAUUUUAUAGUUGGUGUCUAAACUGCCAUAGCUUGUUUUGUACACUAAAAUAUACAAGCUAGGAGAGAUAUCGGAAAAAGUUUGAUAUUUUUAUUCAUUAUGAGUUGUGUUUUACAAUUUUAUCCUUGUGUUUUCUCUCUGUGAUUUAAAAUCGCUUGCUCAAGGUUUCUGGUUUGUUGUAAAUAUGAUCUUUUAUUAUUUAUUAUACUUAAAACUAAGCAUUAUGUGUAUCUAUAGAAAUUUAUGAAUUACAUAAAAUAUUAUCUCUGUGCAUUCUUUUAAAUUAUGUUGUUUAAAUAAGCAUUUCAAUUAAGUUUGCUUUAUUUUGCACCAUACAUUUUAGUUUGUUAAUUAUUUCAACAUGUAAGCAAGUUGAGAGCAUCAGGCUGUGUUAGUGCUAUAUAAGCUCUGUGUAAAGUUGUUCAACAACUAAAAACAUAUUUUUAGACUAAACAUAGAAAAUUUGAUGUGAAGUGGAAUUAAUUUAAUAAAUAUAUUUUAUGAGUGAAAA